GGUCACCUGAUACUUUAGCAGAUAAGAAUAUCACCCUCCCCCAGGGGUGCAAGGCUAGAGUCACUCAGGGCUAAACAGAACUUCCGUGGACAGGACUAGACUUCUGGCACCUACCUGAGACCCUGGCAGAUCCCAGGCCAUGUGGCUGUACCUGGGGGCCCUGGUGGCUCUGUACCACCUUGUGCGCUGGUACCGGGAGAGGCAGGUGGUGAGCCAGCUGCGGGACAAGUACGUCUUCAUCACGGGCUGUGACUCGGGCUUCGGCAACCUGCUGGCCAGGCAGCUGGACCUGCGGGGCUUGAGGGUGCUGGCUGCGUGUCUGACCGAGAUGGGGGCAGAGUCUCUGAAGGCCAAGACUUCCGACAGACUGGACACGGUGAUCCUGGAUGUCACCAAGUCAGAGAGCAUCGCUGCGGCCACCCAGUGGGUGAAGGAGCGCACGGGAGACACAGGUCUUUGGGGUCUGGUGAACAACGCUGGCAUCUCAAUGCCCACUGCUCCCAGUGAGUGGCUGACCAAACAGGACUUCAUGAAGAUACUGGACGUGAACCUGCUGGGGCUGAUCGAGGUGACCCUGAGCCUGCUGCCCCUGCUGAGGAAGGCCAGGGGCCGCGUGGUCAAUGUCUCUAGUGUCCUAGGCCGCCUGUCCCUUUUCAGCGGUGGCUACUGCAUCUCCAAGUAUGGCAUUGAGGCCUUCUCGGAUUCCCUCAGGAGAGAAGUCUCAUUCUUUGGGAUGAAAGUGGCUAUUAUUGAGCCUGGUUACUUCAAGACUGAUGCAUCCAAACUUGAAGUUUUUACUAAGGCUUUCCAGAAUGCAUGGGAUCAAUGCAGUCCAGAGGUCAAGGACAUUUAUGGGGACAAAUACCUGGCAUCCAGUUUUCAAUUUGCACAGGAGAUGCAAUCACAGUUUUGUGAGGAUCUGACCUUGGUGACAGACUGCAUUGAGCAUGCCCUGAUCUCCUGUCACCCUCGCACACGAUACUCAGCUGGCUGGGAUGCAAAAUUCAUCUAUAUCCCCCUGAGCUACAUGCCCACAUUCCUGGUGGAUGCCUUCCUCAAAUGGAAAGCUGUAAGACCGGCCAAGGCCCUGUGAAGCCUACAUGAGGAAAGCCUAGAGAUGGAUGUAAGUGGCCUGGAGGAGAAGAGGAUUCCUCUGCACUGAUGAUGCCUCUUGGCAGCGUGCAGGUGUGGAGGCUUCCCAGCUCGACCCCUCAGCCUCAGGUGCCUAACUGUGGGUGCCUGUCACCCAGAUGGCUCUGCACUCCUUGCCCUGCACAGUGGCUACAGGAAUCAAGGACAUAUCAAGUAAACAACUGGUGUGAAGGGCGUCACUAUCCAAAGUUGAACAUUAUCCAAAGUGUUCAAUAAAAUGAUA